CUCCCUAUCUCUCCUAUAUAAUUCUCCUCUUCUCUGCCUCUUGGUUCAAGGAAGCUUAGAAAAGCUAUCCUUAUUAAGGAUAAAUGAUGAGUUUCUGUAAGAAGACGGUACACUCAUUACUCUCUCUCUCUCAAUCCACAAGCACAAGCGAUUACCCAUCCCACCACCACCACCAUUGCCGGCAUAUUCCUUCCAUCUCUGGUUGCUUUUGUUUGAUUGCCGGAGACACCCCAAAAAACCCCAAUGUAGUUGUACUAGAGUCGGCCACAAUUAAGCCCACUUCCACCCCUGUCGCCUGCAAGAAAGAUUCAACCACUUUUGUCAGCAAUGGAUCGUGCACAGAGAGCUUAGGGUUCGAGAGCUCUGAUUAUUUAAUGGAGGAGUCGUUGAAGGAAGAGGAAUUGUGGUGGUCUAAAUCAACGUCUGUACGAUCCAGGUGGAAGACGACCGUGGAGAAGAUUAGGACGCAGGAAACCAAUUUCCCUCCUCCCCUGCCUUCUUUAAACCAGAACGGCCAGCCCAGCUUCUAUCUCAAGCCGCUGCGGAGGAACGGGAGGCUGGAACUCACUGAGGUUAGGAUCGAACGUCCUGAUAUCUUCAAGGCCUCCCGUCAGGAUGGUAGAUUGAGGUUGCAACUCGUCAAAUCAGAACCACAGCAUCCCUCUCCACCAUAUCAGGACUGUGACCAAUUGGAGGAACAAGAGCCAUUGCCACUUUCUUCUCCUCCUCCUCCUCCUCCUCCUCCUCCUCAUCAUCAUCAUCAUCAUCAGCAAGAAAAGGAAGAAGAAAUUAUUGGAAAACAAGGCGAAGAUGAAAUCAGUGAAGAGGAAGAAGAAGAAGAAGGGAGGAGACUGAGGCAGUGGAACUUGGAGGGAAUCAGGUGGCGGUGUCAGGAAAUGAAUAAUCACAGGCCUCACCACCACCUCCUAUAUGGUGCCACUAUUGUGUAACACUCACUGAAGAUCUCCAUCUGAUCAACCAACUUUGGAAAAGAGAGUGGGACAGCUUCUCUCCCCUGCUCUUGUAAAGACUCUUAAGGGACUUAAUAGAACUCAUCCUUAAAAGUUAGUCAAGUCCUAUUAGUUUUUAAGGAUGAGUUUUACCCAAAUCCCACCAAUGAUGGCAGGUGUGUCAAUGAUGGAUUUGAGUUGCCUAUAUUUGAGAUAAGAAAGAUAACCACGGGGCUCUCUUCUCUUUGGAAGCUCACAGUUCUGCAAGAAAAGGAAAGUGGGCAUAGCGUAGAAGGAGUUUACAGUUGAAGAGUGCUCAUUGGCUACACAUCAUUAGCUACUCAUGAGUCAAUGACUUCAUAUGAUUGAGAACCCCUAGAAACCCCAUCAGUUCCUAAUUCCAAAUUCCCAAUGUACUCUUUUGGGAGUGACAAGUCAGAAAGCUGGGUCCCGAAACAUGGGUUGCAAGCAUUGCAGUUGUUGCCUAGGCCCAUUUUGUGCUACACUGAGAAUGAAACAUUGCUCUUCACCAAAAAAAAAUGAAACAUUGUUUACGUUAUAGAGUAGGUUUUUGUACUGUAGGAGGCAAAAAUGGUAUUAUAUAUCAUAAAUGAAAAUAAUAUAUAAUAUUUACACUC